CGGCCGCGCCGCGCUCCUCAGAAAGUCCUGGAGCUGAAGGAGGAUUUGAAGCCGGUCCCAGCUGCCCCUGCGGAACAGCAGCCGCUCUUGCCUCGCUCAGAAGAACUAAGCUAUUCUUGUAGUGUCCCAUAGAAUUUCCCAGUCUUCUUCCUCUGGUUCUGAGUCUGCUCCUCCGCGUGGCACCUUGGAGUUUCUAGCUGGCACCAUUACCUCCAACGAGUGGAGUUCUCCCACCUCCCCUGAGGGGAGCAACGACUCGGGGGGCAGCGAGGCCUUGGACAAACCCAUCGACAAUGACGCCGAGGGCGUGUGGAGCCCGGACAUCGAGCAGAGCUUCCAGGAAGCGCUAGCCAUCUACCCGCCAUGCGGCCGCCGCAAGAUCAUCCUGUCCGACGAAGGCAAGAUGUAUGGCCGAAAUGAGUUGAUUGCCCGCUAUAUUAAGCUGAGAACAGGGAAAACACGCACAAGGAAACAGGUAUCUAGUCACAUCCAGGUGCUGGCAAGGCGGAAAGCUAGAGAGAUCCAAGCCAAGCUCAAGGAUCAGGCAGCUAAAGAUAAAGCCAUGCAGAGUAUGGCUACAAUGUCAUCUGCCCAGAUUAUCUCUGCAACUGCCUUCCAUAGUAAAAUGGCCUUGCCUGGUCUCCCACGACCAGCCUACCCUGCUGUUUCUGGGUUUUGGCAAGGACCAUUGCCAGGCCAAGCUGGAUCUUCCCAGGAUGUGAAACCUUUUUCUCAACAACCUUAUGCUGUACAGCCUCCGCUUCCAAUACCAGGGUUUGAAUCUCCUACUGGCCUCUCACCUUCCCCAUCAGCACCAGCUUGGCAAGGACGAAGGGUUGCUAGCUCCAAACUUUGGAUGUUAGAGUUCUCUGCAUUCUUGGAACAACAACAAGACCAAGACACAUAUAACAAACACCUGUUUGUGCACAUUGGGCAGUCAAGCCCCAGCUACAAUGACCCCUACCUCGAGGCAGUGGAUAUCCGGCAGAUCUAUGACAAGUUCCCUGAGAAGAAAGGGGGCCUGAAGGAGCUCUUUGAAAGGGGGCCAGCUAAUGCCUUCUUCCUUGUCAAAUUCUGGGCUGAUUUGAAUACCAAUAUUGAAGAUGAAUCCAGAUCUUUCUAUGGUGUUUCCAGCCAGUAUGAGAGCCCAGAAAACAUGGUCAUUACCUGUUCCACCAAAGUGUGUUCCUUUGGAAAGCAGGUGGUAGAGAAAGUAGAGACAGAGUAUGCGCGCUAUGAGAACGGACACUACUCCUACCGCAUCCACCGCUCCCCUCUCUGCGAGUACAUGAUCAACUUCAUCCAUAAACUCAAGCACCUUCCCGAGAAGUACAUGAUGAACAGUGUGCUGGAGAACUUCACUAUCUUACAGGUUGUGACAAACAGGGACACACAGGAGACCUUGCUGUGCAUAGCAUAUGUUUUUGAAGUAUCAACUAGUGACCACGGUGCCCAACAUCAUAUCUACCGGCUGGUGAAGGACUAGAGACUCUCUGCCCUGAGUUGUCCAUGGAAUGCAUGUCUAAGAAAAAAGUCUGUGCUUGAACAACCCCUGCCCCCCCCCCAAACCAAACUGAAAAAUAAACUGCAGAUAUUGUGUAUUUUCAGAAAAGUA